AUGACCGAUACGAUGACCGAGACAGCGUUGACACUGCCUGCGCACAAUGUCCUCAAUACGGCCCCGGAAGGUGGCAAGGCCAAGCGAAUCCACACCAUCCCGUUUCCGGCGACCCCAGAGGAACAUCGCCGGUGGCAGCUCGAACAGAUGGCGGGGGCCUUCCGCAUCUUUGACCGGCUCGGAUUCGCCGAUGGCGCCAGCGGCCACAUCAGCCUGCGUGACCCUGUUGAGCCAGACACGUUCUGGAUCAACCCCUACGCAGAGCACUUUGGCUGCCUCCGGGUGUCAGACAUGGUGCGCGUAGACGGUGAGGGUCGCCGCGUCGGCGGCGCCAAGAACAAGGUGGUCAACACAGCCGGCUUCAUCAUCCACAGUGCCAUCCAUGCUGCGCGUCCCGACAUUCACGCCGCCUGUCACGUGCAUAGCCCGUUUGGCCGUGCCUGGUCCACGUUUGGUCGCCCCCUCGACAUGCUCAACCAGGACAGCUGCAUGUUCUACGACGAUCUGUCUGUAUAUGCCGGCUUCGGCGGGGUCGUCUAUGCGGCUGAGGAGGGCGUGCGCUUGGCGGCGGCGUUGGGACCGAGAAAUCGCAGCUUGAUCCUGCAGAACCACGGUCUGCUGACGUGCGGAGGAACUGUGGCCGAGGCGGCGGCCUUUUUUAUUGCCAUGGAGCGAGCGUGUCAGGCACAGCUCCUCGUCGAGGCUGCUGUUGCCCCUGGCACCGCCGGCCAGGCCGUAUCGGGCUUGAGCAAGACUUUGAUUGGUGAGGCGGAGUGUCGCUACACCAAGGACGGCACUGGCACGCCCGAGGCCAUGUAUAUGCAAUUUGUGCCCGAAUAUCAGCGCAUAUUCAAGGAAACGGGUGGCGACUACCUGGAGUAG